UCAACCUCAGCCCAGCCAGUACAAAGUACAUUAAAAGUACGAAAGCAUUUAUAUUACUCGCUUUGGCAAUACCAUCUUCUCGUCAAACAUUUCAACAAGUAUAGACCAUAUCAUUAAGAUUGAUUCUUGCCAUUUAUAUUCGUGAUCGGUAUAGAUAUUAAAACAUACUUGAUUCAAAUUGUGCCAUUAAUCAUCGAGUUUCAACCCUAACGACAACGCAUUCGAAUGUGUUCCCUUGGACACUACGUUGCACGACCGUCUCUCAACACCGCCUUUAACACACGUUAAAAGACGAUUCCUUGGUUUAAAUUUAAUAUACUCACCUUUCUAUCAAUUGGCGCAAUCGUUUUUUAUUUCCAUGGUUGAGAUUUCAUCCGUUGAUUGUCAAUCCAAAUUCUUCCCUUGGUCCCAAGACUCAAUCUAGUCGGGAAAGACCUUCACGACCUCCGCAUCUUCGACCAUAACCCUUUCUCAAGCGUUCAACCUAGACGGAACGACUAGUUGAAAUAAGAGGAUAAGAAGGAAGCGGGUAUGGAUAAUUUCAGACCUUUGAGCUUAACAGACAGAAGGGCUUCCAUUGCACCCAUUGAAAGAGACGGCGAAAUGUCUCCCACACGAGCGUUAACGGUUGACACAAAUGGCGACCACAUUCCAAUGCCGCAAAGGUUAGAAAAGAUCCUAAGUAGACCAAGAGGUCCUCCGACUCCAAAUAUGAUGACUUCGUCCGCCGAUAUACAGUCUCCUACACACUCGAGUCAUGACCCUCCUCCUCCCCCUACACCGGCAGCAAGUCCAGGUCCUGAUCACCCGCAACCAGAUUGGAGUGAGGCGGGAGAAAAGGAGGACAUAUUUUUAUCCCAAAUCAGAAUAUACUUCGCGCAAAGUUCAGCACCCGAAAGAACGAGGAUAUUAGGAGAUCUUUUGAACUUGUGCACCAGCCAACAACUAAGCUUUGUACAUCAAUAUGUUAGCCCGUUACUGAAGAAAGAUCCAUUUACCACUUUGCCAGAUGAACUAUGCCUUCGUAUUCUGUCUUGUAUCGACGACCCCAAAGUCCUUGCGCGCUCGUCCCAGGUUUCGAAACGUUGGAGAGAUCUUCUUGCAGACGAUGUUACUUGGAUGAAAUUAUGUGCGAAGCACGAUUAUGGUCGAAGAAUGUCAGAACAUCAUCCCGUUACACCUCUAAUACCGUCACUUCGACCUCCUCCACACCCUGUUCACAAGGCAUUACAAGCAGGAGAGACUCCGGCUCUUGCACAUUCUUUUCCCGGAAUCAGCGCAGGAUUUUCACAAGUCCCUGGAAGUUCCAGAAGCUUUGAUAGUGCUACUGCCUCUGGCGCAUUGAGAAGACCAAAGAUAAGGUCAUAUAAAUCACACUUUAAACAAAGAUAUUUGGUCGAAACCGCCUGGAGGACUGGAGGACAAAAUAUCGCAAGACAUAUUACACAAGAUCAGGGCGUUGUUACAAGUCUACAUCUAACACCAAAGUACAUUGUCGUAGCGUUGGACAACGCUAAGAUUCAUGUUUUCAAUACGGAUGGAAAUGCACAAAAGACCUUGACAGGGCACGUAAUGGGUGUUUGGGCAAUGGUACCAUGGGAGGAUACACUCGUUAGUGGAGGUUGCGAUCGUGAUGUGCGAGUAUGGGACAUGGCUGCUGGUGAGAGUUUACAUACUCUGCGCGGACAUACUUCCACAGUCCGGUGCCUGAAGAUGUCUGAUGCAAACACGGCAAUUUCAGGCUCUCGAGAUACCACUCUAAGAAUCUGGGAUAUUAAGACUGGAGUUUGCAAAAACGUCCUUGUGGGUCACCAGGCAAGUGUUAGAUGCCUAGAAAUUAAAGGAGAUAUUGUUGUUUCUGGAAGUUAUGAUACUACAGCUAGAGUGUGGAGUAUAUCCGAGGGAAGAUGUUUACGAACACUCUCGGGACAUUUCUCUCAAAUUUAUGCUAUUGCUUUUGAUGGAAAGAGAAUAGCUACUGGAAGUCUUGACACCAGUGUUCGGAUAUGGGAUCCAGAAAAUGGAACAUGUCAAGCUAUUCUUCAAGGACACACCUCGCUAGUUGGGCAAUUGCAAAUGCGAGGAAACACUUUGGUUACCGGUGGCUCUGAUGGGUCUGUUCGUGUUUGGUCUCUUGAAAAAAUGGCUCCAAUUCAUCGACUAGCUGCUCAUGACAAUAGUGUCACAAGUUUGCAAUUUGAUGAUACACGAGUGGUUAGUGGAGGUAGUGAUGGUCGAGUCAAAGUGUGGGAUCUCAAGACUGGUCAACUUGUUCGUGAGCUCACAGCUCCUGCCGAGGCUGUCUGGAGAGUGGCCUUUGAAGAAGAAAAGUGUGUGGUUAUGGCAAGCAGAUCGAAUCGCACUAUAAUGGAAGUGUGGUCAUUUUCUCCACCAGAAGAUGUUCUGUAUGAGAACCCCUACGGCCAACAAACUCCUCCCAUCACCGGGCCCGCUAGACCACUAAGUGCCAUUGAAUACCGGAGUGGUAGUCAAGACCAAGCUAUGCAAGGGAUCAUGACACAUGAAGCAUCUUAUCAGAGGGAUGAUAUUGAAAUGGUCGAUGCUGGACCAUCGACAGCUCCUCCACAAGCUACCGGGCCUACUUUCUUUCACGAAGAUGACUGAUCCAGGCCAUUUAACUAAUCUAUAUAAAAAAGCACUCACUAAUUCUGAUUGUUUCGUUCACGUACUGGGUCAUGGAUUUUAUAGUCACUACCACCACUUCUCCAUUGAGAGAUGAUUACGAUACUGUGAGAGAAUACGGUCUCACAUGUUUCACUAUCAUCCUUUCGCAAUCCUCAUACAUCACCUAUCAAUUUUAUGUCCAUAUUGAUUGACCUUUGAUUGAUCGAAGCACAGAAGACUUGUUUAUAAAGAAGCAAAGAAGCAUCUGGGGCAGGGCGUUUUUCUUUUGGCUGGUUGGAAGAAUAGUACAGAUGAUUUUUAAUAGCUCAAAUACCAAUAGGGCAAAGGAAAGGGGGGCAGUUCAAAGGGAAGAAUUUAACGGCGUAGCAUCGAGAGAAUUUGCAUUAGGGAUUCCCCAAGGUCAGGGAGUUACUUGCUUAAGCUUGUCCUUUGAGUUGGUAGGGUAGCAUAGUAAAAAUGCGAAAGAAUCAAAUCUAUGCUUUGGCUUUUCUUCUUGACUGAUCGAUGAAAUGAAGACUGAA